AUGAAAUUACUACUAGUGAGUGGCUUGAUGUUCUGGAUUCAGCUUCAAGAAGUAAUAUGGGGAUACAUAAGUGAGAAAAAUGUGGAGAAACUAAACUUCUACUCCAAUAAGAAAAGAAUAAAAAGCCGAAAAGUGAAUUUAAUAAAACGUAAAUUGCAAAAUGAUUAUAAUUAUGAAAAUAAACGUUUUUUUAAUAAUCGACCUAUGACGGGCGAAAAGUCUUUGAACAAAAUAUCCCUUAUAGGAAGAGUGGGAUGUGAACCAGAUAUAAAAAUUUUGAAUGGAGGUGAUAAAGUAGCAACAUUUAGUCUAGCAACGAAUGAAUUUUGGAGAGAUAGAAAUACAAAUGAGUUGAAAUCUAAGACGGAUUGGCAUCGAAUUGUAGUAUAUGAUCAAAAUAUUGUUGAUCUUAUUGAUAAAUUUUUAAGAAAAGGAAGAAGAAUAUAUAUUCAAGGUUCAUUACAUACUAGAAGAUGGUUUGGAAAUGACUUAAAUAGUCAACCAAGACAAAUAACUGAAGUGGUCCUUUCAUAUAAUAAAGGAGAUUUAAUAUUUCUGGAUGAUAAACGUAAUUUUAUUUCUCGAAAUUCAUCAAAUAUACAGCAUAAUGAAACUACAAGCAUAUCUAGCGAUGUAAAUACACCUCCCAAUUUCAGUGCUAAUUCUGAAGAUACUGUUGUCUCCUCCAAUACACAGAAUGAUGGUGCAGUACCACAAGACGAUUUUACACAAGGUCUCGAGGGCGCGCCCUCCCAACCAUUCGAUGCUCUGGAUGAUGGUCUCGGCAAGGACGAGGGUAUCUAUGAUAAGAUGAACACGCAGGAGUUUGACGACUGA